AUGGCGGACGAAGAGAAAGAAGACAAGAACACUAAGCUGAAAGCGGAAAAGAAGAAUGUAUACAUUCCGAGAAAUGCUUCAGACGAACAGCGAUUAAAACUAGAAAAACUGAUGAACAAUCCUUUGGCUUUUCAGGAUAAACUGGUGAGGAUUCCUGAUAAACCUAAGGACUGGAAACCGAAAGAUGCUCCUGAGUUUGUCAGACAUGUCAUGGGUUCCAGUGCUGGAGCAGGUAGUGGUGAAUUCCAUGUGUAUAGAGGAAUAAGAAGAAGAGAAAAUGCCAGACAGACCUGGAUUGAAACGCAAGCUAAAAAUCAAACUGAAAAUGAAGAUUAUCACAAAAAAAUAGAAGAAAACAAAGCACAGUGUGAGGAUAAAACUGCCAAGAAAAGAGCUAAGAGAUUAAGGAAGAAACAGAAAUUUCUUGCGAAAAAAAAGAAGAAGUCAGACAAAGAAGAAAAGGUUGAAUCAGAAAGCGAGAAUGAAAGUGAAAGUGAAAAUGAAGAUGAAGAUGAUAACAAUUGUUUUGUUAUUGGUGGAAAAUGA